AUGGCCGUCCAACGCAAAGGCUUCCGCCUGCCCAUCAUCUACCGCCUCUUCUUCCUCCUCCUGGAGCCCAUGUCCGCCCUGGCAGGCGCUUAUUUCAACCACUUCCGCCAAACGCACUACCUCAGGCUCCUGAAUGGCGCUUCCGCCCCGUCAGACGCGUCAACCCUACCACUCAGCACGUCGGUAGCCAUGUCUCAGCUGGCAAACAUGUACUUCUUCUUCGCCAUCAAUGAGGCGUUUGUGCUGCGGUCAACGUGGGACAUGCGCGUGUGGAGGACGGUGCUGCUCAUGCUGUUGAUUGCGGAUUUUGGGCAUUUAUACUCUAUGAAGGAGCUGGGGCCUCGGAUUUACUACGACGUGUUGGGUUGGAAUGCUGGGGAUUGGGGGAACGUGCCGUGGGUGUAUGCUGGAGCUACGUUGAGGAUAUGCUUCUUGGCUGGUGUUGGGUUGGGGGAUUCGAAGAGGAAACAGGGCUAG